CUCAGUCGCUGUGUGCACAUCAUUCCAGAGUAGGACACUACAACUGCAGAACAUCAAGGGGAACUGAGAGGCACGCCGGGAAGAUAAGUGCUGCUUCCAAUGUGGAGCAGACCUGCUUAGGCACUUUUUUACGCACGCAUGUUGCGGACCGGGACUAAUACUAUAUAAGGACGUAAAUCGAUUUUUGUACAUUUUAUGGAAUAAAAAUCAUUUAAAGAUGAUACUGAAUAUAAAGCAUGUCCUGUGGUUAUAUUGCCUCUGUGAAGCUGCAGCUGCAACAGCCUCAAAUGCAUUAUCAGUCAUCCAACCAGUCAUAGGGUCCCUCUCAGGGAAGGUAAAUCUUCCCUGCUACUUUUCCACAAUCCCAACCUCAGCACCAGUCAUCAGUCCCAGUGGAACAGUCGUUUACAACAAGGAUUACUUGCGGAUCAAAUGGAGCAAAAUACAGGGACGAACAGAGUCCACGGUGCUGGUGGCACAAAAUGGGAUCAUCAAGAUAGGCUCAAGCUACAGGAACCGUGUGUCAGUACCCAGCCACCCUGAAGUUGUCGGCGAUGCCUCGCUCACAAUUGUGAAGCUGCGUGCCAGUGAUGCUGGCACUUAUCGUUGCGAGGUCAUGUUCGGGAUUGAAGACACCCAGGAUACUGUUAACCUCGAUGUCAGCGGUGUUGUCUUUCACUACCGAUCAAGCAUCAGCAGGUACACUUUGGACUACCAGAAAGCUGUACAAACUUGUGAAAACGUUGGAGCAAACAUUGCUACCUAUGAGCAACUGAAAGCAGCCUAUGAGGACGGCUUUGAUCAAUGCGAUGCCGGUUGGAUUGCUGACCAGACAGUGAGAUACCCAAUUACAAAGCCAAGAGAGGGCUGUCAUGGCAACCUUCCCAAUAAACCUGGUGUCAGGUCGUAUGGAACCAGAAAACCUACAGAGACCUACGAUGUGUACUGUUAUGUAGGCAAACUGGAUGGUGAAGUCUUUUAUGCUCCCGUGACCCAUAAGAUGACUUUUGAAGAAGCCAGUGAAGAGUGUAAAAAGAGGAAAGCUGUCCUGGCAAGUCCCGGACAGCUGCAUGCUGCUUGGCGACAGGGGCUGGACAGAUGUGACUACGGCUGGCUCUCCGAUGGCAGUGUACGGCAUCCUGUCGCAGUCCCCAGAACUAAGUGUGGCGGAGGCCGACUCGGCGUGAGGACCAUGUAUCGCUACAGAAAUCAAACUGGCUUCCCAGAACCAACUAGAAAGUUUGGGGCUUACUGCUUUAAAGGAAGAAGAUUGGUAUUCAGCCAUACUUCCUUUGUGGAUGUAUCUGUGGUAGAAAUGACCACCAACGCCAUCAGUCCCAGUACCUCCAUCCCUUUACUGGAGAGUAGCACCAUUCUGACAACCCCAACAUCUGAAAAAACAUCAGAGGCAGACGUUUCUCCAGAUUCUUCUCCAGAUCCUCCAUCUAUGUUCUCAACCAGCAUGGCUCCACCUCGCCCCACCCCAGCAGGCCAUGAAGAAGAGUUAAUCACAACAGUUGCACCCACUAUCAAAGACGACCAUGAGGACGACGAUGAUGUAACAGCUGCGCCAGAUUCUCACACUGAUGAUCAAAAUGUAACCUUUGUGGAAACUGCUGCUGCCCAUGGUGGCACAGCCACAGAAACUAAGAUCACGGUGGAAAGCACUGAUGCCACAGUGUCUGCUGAUGAGUCAGAUGAUCAAUCAGUAAUUCAGGUCAGCACGAUUCAGCCUGACGUCCCUAUACCAGAUGCUUCUCUCCGCAACGAGCUCAUGUUUGCUGAAGGGGAGACAGAGGAAACUGUCAUAGAUCCUAGGAACAUCACAUCGAUCUCUGAUCUCACUGACACUCCAACCAAAUCAUCUGAAGUUAGCCAUGAGGAAAUGCUUAGCUCCUCACAAUUAACACCAUCACCUUCAAUCAGUGAUAUAGCAAUAGACUAUAUUUUGAACUAUGAUGACAUCGAUACUCAUUUAGGUUUAGAGGGUCAGCCACCUACUAGGCCAUCCCAACCAGAUGGCUCAUCCAGCCCUUCAGACACCAAUAGAAUUGAUGAUACAAUCACAGCCAUUCCACCUUUAAAUAACACCCAUCAUGUCAGUGAGGUGAAGGUAACCACCACACUGACACCAAAUACUGCCAGCAGUGCAACACAAACUCCGCCUAAAGCACAGGAUGUUGAGACACCACCAACACCUGAAGUUUCACCAGGCACAAUCAUCCUGAUCGACAGUGAAAUGUUAACUGAGGAAGUGAAAUCUUCAGCAGCUGUCCAUGUCUUUGAUGAGUCUUCCACUCAGGUGACGGAGCGCAUUGGUGGCACCGUGAUGGAGGACAAAACAGCAGCAGAGUUUGGUACAGAGUUCUUUAUAUCUGCUCCAACGACUUCAACGGUGGCCAGUACAACAGCCCAUCCAGCUGCAGUGGUCACAGAUAACCAGACCACCACUACGCAGAUUCAGAAUGCAUCAGCUAACCAGGCUUCAGAGUCACAGAAUGCUCAGUCUCUUGCCACACCAGUUCUGUUGGACCAUCCCACUCCCUCUGUAGCUGUUGGUGAGCCAAUCAUACAAAGCAGAGACCCAGAACGUUUCACACAAGCUGCUAUAACCAUCACCCCAGCUAUCAGCUUUAUUAAUGGUAAACAAGAGAUCACACUGGAGCCUCAAAGUGUGGAAGAAAAAGAGGCCAAAGGUACAGAGAUUUUGACAAUUGUGACAACUCUCGGAACUAGCAAUGACAUUUCCAUGGCAUCUGAUCCUAAUUUGACUGAUUUCUCUGAUGGUAGCUUCACUAAAUCUAUACAGGAACCUACAGAACCUCUGGCUUUUACAGAAACCCCAUAUAUGGUUGUCCCUGAGCCUGAUAGAAGGCCAACAGUUGAAUCAACGCCUGCUCAAUUAGGGGAUGAUCUGACCACAAAAGGCUCAAAACACAAAGACUUAACCUCUGUUAUUGCCACAACAGUGGAGGACAAGAUUCCACUGGAAACUGCACAAAUAACUGUGGCUGGCUCAGCUUCCACAGAUACUACUGACCUUCUUCCUGCAGUAACACCAACUGAGCCACAGAGAACCAAAGCAGUUAAAGAAACCCAAACAUCACAGGCUAAUGUGAAAACCCCUGCUUUCAGCACUAUGUCUGUACAAGAAGGGACACGUGAGACAGGAAGGACUCCUGCCCAUGUGAAAAGUGACUCAAAUCUGACUCAGAGACAGAAGACUGAGGAUGAAUCUCCAACUACUUCUUCAACCAGAUUUUACACAGACAAAGAUAACGAUGAAAUCAUAGCGGAAACAGAGAGCACAUCUGCCAUUCCAGCUGUUAAAGACAGCACAGAGUCUGUGUUAGAGACUGUGUAUAGUCCUUCCACGGAUGACGCUGAUAGGGAAAUAGCGCCAUCAUCAAGAGGCCCCACUCAAGAUGUAGAGGGGAGGAAAGAGAUCCAGACCACAGAAGGAUUUGUCUUAAGCACAACAACUUCUUCAGUAUUUAGUAUUGCACCCUCUCUUAAGCAGAUAGUCAAGACUGAGAUCACACCAGCUGCAGGAGGUACUGAAUCUUCAGAAUCUGAAGCACCGACUGAAACUCCGGAGGAUAAAAUCACAAGUCAGGGAGGGAUUAGAGUCAGCCCAAUGCGUUUAACUUCCUCCACAGAAAGAGUUGGAAAUGAUGCGGUAUCUAUAACGCAGGAGGAGGGUUCAGUAGUCCAAACUGUAAAUAUGUUUACAACCAGCCCACAUCCACAUAUCUCUACCUUAGCAUUAUCUUCAAGUUUAACCUUUACACAUACAGAAGCUAAAGCCCAAACGGAAAGUGAAGUAACUGCUGAAACAGAUGUGUCUGUUUCAGCUGGUGAGUCAACAGAAAAAACUUCAACUGAGGAUACAACUGGAAAGAAAUCUUCAUCAGUGCACCCUGUUAGUUGUAUUACUUUAAUAGGUCCCGUGUGUCUUACCACUUCUGAAGAAAGUACAGAUGCACAAACUAAAGUACCAUCCCUUACCAGUGUUGCAGAUGGUGAGGUUGAAAGUGAAAGCAGUCAACCUACCGUAAUGGAGUCGUUUGCUUCUGUCAGUCCGUCAACAAUGAAGUCAGAAACUACAUCCUUCCUGAGUGCCACAGAUGCAGAUUUUUCUGGAGACAGCACUACUGUUUUCCCUGAAGUCUCAAGCAUCAAAACAACAACAGUGCUUUCAAGUGAUACUUCAAAAGGUGCUUUUACUUCAUCCUCAUCUGUCUUCAGUACUCAGAAGCCAAUAUCAGUGUCAUCUGGUACGGAAAAAACUGUCACCACAAGCGAGUUCGAUGAAUAUUCAUUAACACCAGAGGAAAGUUCUUUUUUGACAUCAACAGAAGAUGGCUCAGAAGAUCAGACACCUGAAAUGAUCAGAAAUCUCACUGCACUUCCCACAGCUUCCUCAAAGUUCACCACGGAGAAGUCAACAGCAACUCCAGCUGACGUUUACUCCAGUGCUCUCUCAGAUCAGACAGAAAAGACUUCUGUUUCUCCUUUGACUGAUAAAACAAUGACCUAUUCGGACACAACUCCAAUGGAUGUAGAACUUUCAAGUGAUGACACCACAGAUAUAUUGAAUGCAACCUCUUUUUUCAGUGACGCAUCUCCAUCUUUAUCCAGCACUGUGGAAUCAAUACCGCUAUCACUUGCAGUAACACAACAUGUUGAUACAGAUGAGACUAAAGUACCAUCCCUUACCAGUGUUGCAGAUCGUGAGGUUGAAAGUGAAAGCAGUCAACCUACCGUAAUGGAGUCGUUUGCUUCUGUCAGUCCGUCAACAAUGAAGUCAGAAACUACAUCCUUCCUGAGUGCCACAGAUGCAGAUUUUUCUGGAGACAGCACUACUGUUUUCCCUGAAGUCUCAAGCAUCAAAACAACAACAGUGCUUUCAAGUGAUACUUCAAAAGGUGCUUUUACUUCAUCCUCAUCUGUCUUCAGUACUCAGAAGCCAAUAUCAGUGUCAUCUGGUACGGAAAAAACUGUCACCACAAGCGAGUUCGAUGAAUAUUCAUUAACACCAGAGGAAAGUUCUUUUUUGACAUCAACAGAAGAGGGCUCAGGAGAUCAGACACCUGAAAUGAUCAGAAAUCUCACUGCACUUCCCACAGCUUCCUCAAAGUUCACCACGGAGAAGUCAACAGCAACUCCAGCUGACGUUUACUCCAGUGCUCUCUCAGAUCAGACAGAAAAGACUUCUGUUUCUCCUUUGACUGAUAAAACAAUGACCUAUUCGGACACAACUCCAAUGGAUGUAGAACUUUCAAGUGAUGACACCACAGAUAUAUUGAAUGCAACCUCUUUUUUCAGUGACGCAUCUCCAUCUUUAUCCAGCACUGUGGAAUCAAUACCGCUAUCACUUGCAGUAACACAACAUGUUGAUACAGAUGAGACUAAAGUACCAUCCCUUACCAGUGUUGCAGAUGGUGAGGUUGAAAGUGAAAGCAGUCAACCUACCGUAAUGGAGUCGUUUGCUUCUGUCAGUCCGUCAACAAUGAAGUCAGAAACUACAUCCUUCCUGAGUGCCACAGAUGCAGAUUUUUCUGGAGACAGCACUACUGUUUUCCCUGAAGUCUCAAGCAUCAAAACAACAACAGUGCUUUCAAGUGAUACUUCAAAAGGUGCUUUUACUUCAUCCUCAUCUGUCUUCAGUACUCAGAAGCCAAUAUCAGUGUCAUCUGGUACGGAAAAAACUGUCACCACAAGCGAGUUCGAUGAAUAUUCAUUAACACCAGAGGAAAGUUCUUUUUUGACAUCAACAGAAGAUGGCUCAGAAGAUCAGACGCCUGAAAUGAUCAGAAAUCUCACUGCACUUCCCACAGCUUCCUCAAAGUUCACCACGGAGAAGUCAACAGCAACUCCAGCUGACGUUUACUCCAGUGCUCUCUCAGAUCAGACAGAAAAGACUUCUGUUUCUCCUUUGACUGAUAAAACAAUGACCUAUUCGGACACAACUCCAAUGGAUGUAGAACUUUCAAGUGAUGACACCACAGAUAUAUUGAAUGCAACCUCUUUUUUCAGUGACGCAUCUCCAUCUUUAUCCAGCACUGUGGAAUCAAUACUGCUAUCACUUGCAGUAACACAACAUGUUGAUACAGAUGAGACUAAAGUACCAUCCCUUACCAGUGUUGCAGAUCGUGAGGUUGAAAGUGAAAGCAGUCAACCUACCGUAAUGGAGUCGUUUGCUUCUUACUCAGAAGCCAAUAUCAGUGUCAUCUGGUACGGAAAAAACUGUCACCACAAGCGAGUUCGAUGA